AUGUCGAGGGUUCGGGACAGGACGGAGGACUUUAAAGAGGCCGUCCGAGUCGCCGCGCUCUCCCAUGGAUACACGGAGGCCCAACUGGCCGCGCUCAUGUCGUCUUUCAUCAUCCGGAAGCCUUCGCCCAAGUCGGCGUUCACUAGUGCCGCGAUCAAGACGCUUCAGAGCAUCAGGGAACUCGAGAGGUUCAUAGUGAAGCACAGGAGGGAUUAUGUGGACCUGCAUCGCACUACCGAGCAAGAGAGGGACAACAUUGAGCAUGAAAUUGGUGUUUUUGUAAAAGCAUGCAAGGAACAGAUUGAUAUCCUGAAGAACAGGAUCCAUGAAGAAGAGAAGAAUGGAAGUGGAAAGACAUGGCUUGGCACUAGGGAUGAGAAUUCCCGGUUGGACUUGAUAGCUCAUCAGCAUGGUGUGGUUUUAAUUUUGAGUGAGCGUCUUCACUCAGUAACUGCACAAUUUGAUCGUCUUCGGUCCAUGCGUUUUCAAGAUGCUAUUAACAGAGCAAUGCCAAGGAAGAAGAUUCAGAAGAGACCAGAAAUCAAACCUGCUGAACCAUCCAAGUCCAAUCUUAUUCUAAAAUCUGAUGUAUCAAAGAUUGUAGAUCAGGAAGUAUCCACAGCACCUAUGAGAGUUCAAGAACAACUAUUGGAUGAUGAAACAAAAGCCCUCCAGGUGGAGUUGACAAGUCUUCUUGAUGCUGUGCAAGAAACGGAGACAAAGAUGAUAGAAAUGUCAGCACUUAAUCAUCUUAUGUCGACACAUGUUCUACAACAAGCUCAACAGAUUCAGUAUUUAUAUGACCAGGCUGUUGAAGCUACAAAUAAUGUGGAGCGUGGGAACAAGGAGCUAUCCCAGGCAAUCCAGCGCAACAGCAGCAGUAGAACCUUUCUCCUCCUCUUCUUCUUUGUUCUCACUUUCUCCGUUCUUUUUCUUGACUGCGUGCAAGCUACAGAAGCGAUGGGCACUGUACUAGGGCCAUGUACGCACUUUCAAGCACUUGUCGAGAGGACAAACAUGGUUCGACGUCUCUCUGCAGAACCUGGCCAUCAAUUCCUUACUGAUCAGGUCAUUAGCAGUCUCAAGUUCUCCACAGCGUCGUCGUCCAGAGUACCUUAA